AUGAAGGUUGUUAUAAUAGACACCAGAAAAGAAACCAGAAAAAAAACUCCAGAGAAGAAACCUGAAAAAAUAUCUGUAGAACCCAAGAAAGAGAUACCAGAGAAGAAACUAGAAAAGGUAUCUGUGGAACCCAAAAAAGAGACACCAGAGAAGAAAUCUGAAAAAUUACAUGUAGAACCUAAAAAAGAAGCACUAGAGAAGAAACUAGAAAAGGUAUCUGUGGAACAGAAAAAAGGGACACCAGAGAGGAAACCAGAAAAAGUAUCUGUGGAAUCCACAAAAGAGACUCCAGAGAAGAAACCUGAAAAAUUAUCUGCAGGACCCAAGCAAGAGACACCAGAGAAGAAAUUAGGAAAAGUAGAACCCAAAAAAGAGACACAAUUGAAGAAAUUAGAAAAAGUAUCUGUUGAACCCAAAAAAGAGACUUCAGAGAAGAAACCUGAAAAAGUAUCUGCAGAACCCAAGAAAGAGAUACCAGAGAAGAAAUUAGAAAAGGUAUCCGUGGAACCCAAAAAAGAGAUUCCAGAGAAGAAGCCUGAAAAAGUAACUGUAGAACACAAGAAAGAGAUACCAGAGAAGAAAUUAGAAAAGGUAUCUGUGGAACCCAAAAAAGAGACACCAGAGAAGAAACCAGAAAGUGCAUCUGUGGAAACCAAAAAAGAGACUCCAGAGAAGAAACCUGAAAAAGUAUCUGUAGAACCUAAGAAAGAAAUACCAGAGAAGAAAUUAGAAAAGGUAUCUGUGGAACCCAAAAAAGAGACACCAGAGAAGAAACCCCAAAAGGUAUCUGUGGAAACCAAAAAAGAGACUCCAGAGAAGAAACCUGAAAAAGUAUCUGCAGAACCCAAGAAAGAGAUACCAGAGAAGAAAUUAGAAAAAGUAUCGGCAGAAACCCAAAAAGAGACAGACAAGAAAAAACAGGAAAAGGUAUCUGCAGAACCCAAAAAAGAUAUAACAGAGAAGAAGCCAGAAAGGAUAUCUGUGGAAACCAAAAAAGAGAUACCAGAGAGGAAAUUAGAAAAGGCAUCUGUGGAACUUAAAAAAGAGACACCAGAGAAAAAAACAGAACCCCCCAGAACAGAACCCCAAAAAGAGCAACCAGAGAAGAGAUUAGAAAAGAUGACUGUGGAAACCAAAAAAGAGACACCAGAGAAGAAACCUGAAAAGUUAUCUGCAGAACCCAAAAAAGGUAAUCACUUAUCAGAAUUGUAUUUGUAAAAUGUAAAGGUUGUUAUGAUAUGAGUGAGGAAAGUGCAAAAAGAUAUUUUAAAUGAUUACAUCUAAUAUUGCUAUGCAGAGA